AUGCCACCACCGAACACAAAGAAAUAUGUGGCCGAUGUGGUCAUUUUUGCAUUGUCACAAGUAGCACUCUACUUUGCUGUAAAAUUUAUUCUCAAUUCUCUUGAUCCGCUUAAAGACAAAAAAAAAGAAGCAAAGGCUAAAAGUGAAGAAGUUUUGGGAAAGUUAGGGCUUAAAAAUUUGAAAUUAAAUGAAUAUGAAGAAGUGAUCUUAUCAGAAGUAAUAUUUCCGGAUGAAAUUACAGUAAAUUUUAAACAAAUUGGAGGUCUUGAUCCAAUCAUUCAAUCUCUUCGAGAAUCUGUUAUUUAUCCAUUAUGUUAUCCACAAUUAUUUACUUCCAGUUCUGGACUAUUGGGAGUUUCAAAAGGAGUAUUACUUCAUGGUCCACCUGGAGUUGGUAAGACUAUGCUCGCUAAGGCACUUGCACGAGAAUCAGGUGCCACCUUCAUAAAUCUUCACGUUUCAACAUUGACUGAUAAAUGGUUUGGAGAAUCGAACAAACUUGUUUCUGGAGUUUUUUCGGUUGCAAAAAAAUUACAACCAUGUAUUAUUUUUAUUGAUGAAAUUGAUGCCUUCUUGAGGGAAAGACGAAGUAAUGAUCACGAGGUUACAGGAAUGAUGAAGGCAGAAUUUAUGAGUUUGUGGGAUGGUCUUACUACAGAUGAGAAUAGCCGCAUAGUAGUACUUGAUUAUGCUAUUCUACGUCGCAUGCCUAAGAGAUUUGCAAUUCGCCUCCCAAAUGAAGAACAAAGAAGAAAUAUUCUUGAGAUCAUGCUUCAAGAUUCAAAUUUGGAAGAAAGCUUUAAUUUUUCAGAAUUAGUCAAUAAGACCGCAAAUUUUUCUGGAAGUGAUCUAAAAGAGGCCUGCCGAAAUGCAGCCAUGAUUCCGAUCCGAGAAUAUAUGCGCAGUCACGCUGCACCAAGUGGUGAGCUAAAAGAUGUUGAUCCCAAGGAUGGCUCCAAUAAUCAAGUAAAUACUUCAAUAAGUGGAUCAUCAAAUCUCUCUAUUUUAGAACAAGAACGUUUAGAUUAA